AUGGCUAACACUAUUGAAGCAUCCAGUUCCCCAGCCGUAUUCAGGUCUUCUCAACCCGACCCUUCUCCUCUGAGAAUUCGGACAAAGUCGACCCCCCACUCAAGCAGCACCUUUACCCUCUCCUUUAACCUUCCAGAGUCCGUACCUUCAUCCCCCACCUCAUCAGUAUUCUCCGAUUCUUCAGAAAUCACAAUGUCAAGUGCAAGCUCGCGGCCGGAUUCGACAAGGCAGACGUCGGCGGACGUUGCGGAACGAGAUUAUUUCAACGAGAACCCCGCCCCUGCAUCACUUGAGAAAUACACAAAACAAGCAAAGGAGUUCAUAGAUUUCCACGCGGCUGCUGGCAGACGCGUGGUGCUGGUAACAUCUGGUGGGACAACGGUUCCACUGGAACGACAAACGGUGAGGUUCAUCGACAAUUUCAGUGCGGGUACCCGUGGUGCAACAUCUGCCGAAUACUUCCUCGAAUCAGGUUAUGCCGUUAUCUUUUUACACCGGCAAUUUAGUCUGUUGCCAUACUCGAGACAUUACAGUCACGCGACAGAUUGUUUCCUGGACUUUCUACACGAGGGUCCAGAUGGGAGCGUGGUCGCGAACGAGGAGUACCAAAGUAAAAUGCUCAAAGUGUUAAGACAAUACAAUUCGGCGAAAAAGCAAAACCUUCUUUUGACUCUUCCAUUUACCACAAUCAACGAUUAUCUCUUCGUCCUUCGAUCUAUCGCUCAACUCAUGCGUCCACUUGGUCCGAGUGGACUUUUGUAUCUCGCUGCUGCUGUAUCUGAUUUUUUUGUGCCACCAGAGAGAAUGGUGGAGCACAAGAUCCAAUCAACAAAUGCAACCGACUCGCAAAAGAAUUCUGCAAAGGAGAACGUUGAAUCAGAGGAGACAUUUGACAACUUCGACUCAUCCCCAGCCGUGCCACGGAGCAAGCGACUCAUCGUUGAUCUCGACCCAGUGCCGAAGUUCCUGAAGAACCUAGUGGAUGGAUGGGCGCCAGAGGGAAUGAUUGUCUCAUUCAAGUUGGAAACAGAUCCUGAGAUCUUGGUACACAAAGCUCAGUAUUCACUUGACCGAUACCAGCAUCAUCUUGUGAUUGGUAAUCUUUUAUCAACGCGCAAAUGGGAGGUCGUUUUCGUAGCGCCGGGUCAAUCAGAUAAGUGGAUACGCGUACCACGGAGAAGAAAGACUAUUGUUGGGAAAGAGAACAUACCAGAUGGAGGUGAAGAGAGUGAUAGGCCGUUAAACCCGAACGAUCUCCCCGAAGGAGAACCGGAAACGGAGAUUGAGAGUUUGAUCAUUCCGGCUGUUGAGGAAUUACAUACGAAACAUAUUCAGAAAGCGAAGGCGAGAUCCUGA